AUGAAGGUAUUUGUCUGCUUGCUGGCCACCUUGGCCCUAGCUAAUGCUGGACAACGCGGCGGUGCAGGUGGCGGUGGCUAUCUGCCUGGUGGAGGACGCGGCGGCGGUGGUGGUUUCAGAAAUGGUGCCGGACUCACUUCGCAUGUCUCGCAGUUGCACGGCAACACAAAGGUGCACAUUGGUGGACAGGGAGGCGGUGUUGGCGCCUAUAGCGGUGGUGGUGGAGGCGGAGGCUAUGGCGGCGGUGCUGCUGCCGGAGGCUAUGGCGGUGGUGCUGGUGGUGGCGGCUGGCAAGGCGCCGGCGCUGGUGGUGGACGCGGAGGCUAUGGUGGUGCUGGCGGAUUUAGCGGCGGUGCUGCAGCCGGUGGCUGGCAGGGAGCUGGUGCUGGUGGCGGCUAUGGCGGCGGCGGUGCUGGCGCUGGUGCUGGUGGCUGGCAGGGAGCAGGUGCUGGCGGCGGUCGCGGCGGCGGCUAUGGCGGCGGUGCUGGUGCUGGUGGCUGGCAAGGCGCUGGUGCUGGUGGUGCGGGCAAUGCUUGGGGCAAUCCAGCUUCUUUUGAAUAUUCAGUGAACCAUGGAGCUAGCUCCUCAGUUGGCGGCGGCUCUCGCGGUGGUGCCGGCUGGUGGAACGAUUAA